UAUUUGCAGUUUGGAAAAGAAGACUUACAUAUUUUUGUAGUAAUAUAAGUAAUGUAGUUAGGAAGUGUUUGAAAUCAUUAUUUAAUAAGUUUGUAAAAUAGUGUAAGCUGUAUAUAAAUGCCACUAUGUAUCAUGGAAUGAGUGGCCAGGGUAACUGGAAUCAACAACAACAACCACAGAACAGUACCUAUCCACAACAAAUGCAGCAAUAUGCAUCUGAUUCUGCACAAUCCUUCAGGCCACAAACUUACGGUGAAAGACCAAACACAUAUGGUUAUAGUAUGGAAAGAAGACUGGACAGCUCCAAUUUCACCUCCCCGCCACGCAUGCAGACACCAGGAAUGGCCGUACGAAAUCCUUGGGAAAGCCAAGUUCGAGGAAUUAGUCCUUAUGGGAACUUUGAUUCAGCGAAAAUGCACCCAGGUUACUACAAGAAUGCUGGACAAUCAUAUCCAGGUGGACAAUAUCCACAAGCGCAAACAGACCCAGCGAACGCUUCUAGAUCAUUUCCUGAUGGAAACAUGAUGAGAGGACAAGACAGGGCUGCCCAAAUGCAGGGAACAUAUCAACAACAAAGUAUGGCGUCAGCUGAAAUGGGUUACGAUGGGACAAAGCGACACGUGCCACAGCAGUAUGCUUCACAAAUGCAAAUGCAAAUGGCUGGCAGGGGUGACCAAAUCAGACAAUCACAUCCCCAUCAGCCUGGAGUAGAAUAUAAUUAUCCUCACUCUGCAGUCCAAGGGCAGCAUAGAUAUCCUGGAUAUGGUCAGGCACAAUAUGGAAACAGACUAGCAUCUCAACAAUCAUAUGCACAAGCAAAUCCUCAAUCUGCUCAAUAUCAAGGCAAUUAUCAAACUACAACGAAUGCUAUGGCAUACGGUCAUCCAAAUCGUUAUCCGAAUCCUAGUAGCAACCCUGCCAUGAUGUCUCCAACUGCGAAGUCAGCUUCUCCAAUGAGAGGAAUGGUUCAAGAUUCUACGAAUAGACCCCAAGUUCCUAUGAAUAAUAUGCCAGGUUAUGCACCCCGCCCUGGAAGUCGUCACACCUCUUUCGAAGGAUCUGGUGUGCGUGCGACGCCUAAUUUGUCUACUUCAAUGCCACAGCAAGGACAAAUGCAUAUGUCAGCACCUAAUGUAAAACAAGGUUAUUCUGAAAAUUUUAAUCUUGACAGUUUGUUAGAUGAUCCUGUGAGUGCUGGGGGGAGUCUAUUGCAGCAAUUGGAAGAUGACGUCCCAGGAAAUGCAAGUUCUCAAGUAGGUGCCAAUUCAGUGAAUGCUUCUGCCAUUCCCAAUCCAAACAAUCGAACUAUGAAUAUGGCUCAGCAAAAUCAAUCUGCUCAAUUUAUGAGGCAAAAUAUGCAGUCUGCGAUGCCUGGCAUGCAAACCAAUGCUGCAAUGCAGCAACAGGCAGGAGCUAUGGGGUUAGCUAAGAACACUAAUAUGCCACAAAAUAUGCCCCAGUCACGACAGCGCAUCAUGUCUGGUAACUCUGGAUCUAUGGUUCCAGGGAUGUCUAAUAUGUAUUCACAAAAUGUCCGUCAACCGCAGCCGAAUACAAUGCCCAUGCCUGGACAAGAGUCGCAGCUACUCAGUCCUCAGUCUUCUAUGGGCCAAGCAAAUGUAAUGCUCUCUCCUCAGCGUGUGCCCAUGGGUAGCCCUGGCCCUCAACAAGGCCCUGGAAUCUAUCAGAAUGUUGGACGAUCACCACAGCCUAACGUGCCUAUGAUGGGCUCCAAGCCAAACGCAUAUCAGACGAGUCAGGGUGGUUUCAGAGAUCCGUCGCCGAAUAGAGUUUCGUCAAUGAUGUCCCCUCGGCCCCAGUAUGGUACAUCAUAUCAAAACCCACCUAAUUUUGGCAGAUCUCCUCAAAGAGUACCCAUGUCAUCGCCCCCACAUAAUAUGACAUCUCCUCCUCCACAUUCCAUGAACAUAAUGCAUAGAAAGACAUCACCCGUUGUCGGCCAACCGCAAAUUCCAUCAUCUAUUCCUGGGACUGUUUUUCCCUCACAUGCUAUGUCCGGAGCGCCUCGACCAAUGAAAGAUACAAACCAAAAUGUCCAACAUGGUAUGCCUCCUGCACCACUCCAGUCUCCACCCAUUCAAGUCCCUCUUCAGACAAUUCAUAACGUUGAACAAAGUUUGCCAAAAUCGGAUCCUUUCUCUCCACCUAUUCCUGUUCGUAACAUGCCUGAUCCAUCACAAAAUAUAAAUUCUGGCGGAAUUUCCCAACCCCAAGCCUCGUUUCCACCAACACAAGAUGGGGAUCAAGCUACAGGAAUAAUUCCGUCUGUUGCCGUACCACCUCUGCAAGUUCAAUUAGAAAAUGUUAAUCAAUCUCAAUCACAAGAUAUCGCUAUGUGUUCGCCACCGGCCACCAAUUUGCCGCAAAAUGUAAAAACAACUUCAUCCAUUCCUAUUCCUAAUAUAAAUGAUUCUGAAGGAAUGGCCGCAAUGUCAUCUCAACAGAAUGUUAUGCCACCGCAGGAACAGUCAACACCUGUCUCUGGAUCUCAAGACAAAGUGCAGAUUCCAGGACAAAUUGGAUCUAAUGUUACGGGUUCUGGCACCAUUGAACCUCAGCCAGAUUCUGAAAUGAAAACAGGAGAUCAAACAAGCAUAGAAACACAAAAUGGUGAUCAACAACAAGCAUCUGACACUCCUGACAUUGUAUCCCAACUAGCAUCUGACCAGAAAACUGACACAAAGCUAGUUUCAACUGCUGUUUCACAGGCACCACUCACACAAAAGGCUCUACAAUCUCCAGCCAUUGAUGGACCACUAACGUCCCAGUCUAAACCAACUGCUCCUGGGCCCAACUUUCCUGCUCAGAGAUUUCCGGCUAGAAUGCCUGGUGCUGCAAUAUCUCAGCCAGGCACAACUUCAACCCAUCCUUAUGGUGGUUUCUCAUCUCCACGAAGAGAUGCUCCACUUAUGCCUGGCGCACAAGUCCAAUCAUCCACAGCUCCCCAUCCACAAAGCAUGAUGCAGGCUCCUCAACAGUCUCAAAAUGCAGCUAACGGUCCUUACCCUCCUACACAGCAUUCAAUGCCUCCGCAAGGAGCUCACGCAAGACAACCAUUUCCUAGAUAUGCUGGUCAAAAUAUCCAUCAUUCACCACAACGAGGCGUCCCUCUGGUGGGUGGUCGACCUCAAGGUCCUGGUCUCCCCCAAGGUCCUGGUCUUCCACCGCAAGGUUAUCAACAAGGUCGCCCUCCACAACCUGGAGUUCGCCUUCCUGGACAGAAUAUGUAUCCUGCAUCACAGCAUGGUGGUAUGCCACCUGGACCACAUAGAAUGCCACAAGCAUACCAAAGGCCAGGUUUUCCCGGUGGACCUGGGCAAGAAGCAUACAGAUAUCAAGGACAACCAAACUAUGGUCAACAGUAUGGACCUCAGGGUGGACCUUAUUAUGCACAAAGACCUGAGUAUAGAAUGCAGCCCCCUGGUUCAACAAUUCCUCGACCACAGCAUAUGCCGCAACAAUUUUGUGGGCCGUCUCCAAGACCAAUGCAUUCCUAUCCUUAUCAUCCUGAUGGAAAUAUACCUCCUGGCUGGCAUGGCCCAAUGAAGCCAAUGGGACCGGAUCAGAGACCUCAAGGUCCUGGUGAAGCAGGUGGAAAACCAUUAGAAGCAGGUGCGAAACCUGCUAGGACUCCUAGAAAAUCGAAAGCAAAGGAUGGUGAUGGUACAUCGAAACCUAGAAAAGAAAGAAAAAAGAAGGAACCGUCUGAGAAGAAGACACCAAAGACUUCUGCUAAAUCAGCUAUACCACCAACAGUCACUACUCCCGAUGGAACACCAAUAGCUCCUGAAAAACCUCCUCCAACCAAGUCUACUGAAAAGAGGAAAAAGAAACCUCCUGCUACUUUUAAACUGAAGAGGAAAAAGAAGAAGAAAGGGGAUGAAAUGGAUGAUUUCGAUCUUCCAUUGCCUUCAGCAGUCAUGGACAAUGUAGAAAAACGAAGAUCUUCUAGAAAUGUAAAAAGAAAACAAUACACAGAAAGUUACGAAGGUCAAUUAUCUGAUGAAUUAUCUGAUGCUGAGGGUGUUGAUAAUAUGACAGCAAUCAAAGGACAAUUAACAGGUUACAAGGCUGAGGAUUACAAUGAUGAUAAAUUAGUAGUGGAGAAAAUUCUAGAUAUGAGAAUGCGAAAAGUUCCCAAGCAAAUAACAGCUAAUCCUGAAAAGGAAAUUACAGAAGAAACAGAAAAGGAGGAAACGACUGAAAAACCAGUUACUGAAGCCGAACCCAUUGAUGAUGAAAAGAAAGAGACUGAAAAUAAGUCAGAAGAAGAAGAAGAAUUAAUGGAAACUGACCAAUCAGAAAAGGACGAAAAACCAGCCGAAGAACCACAAUCCGACGAUAAAGAUAAGGAAGAAAAGGCAGAAGAGACGCCGGAGACUGAUGAAAAACAGGAAAAUACAAAAGAUGAGGAUGAUUCGGAACAAACUCAAAAAUCAAACUCAAAAGAAAAUCAAGAAAAUAAACCAAGGGAACGAUUAUUUAGUAGAAAUGAAGAAGUAACUGACCCGGAUAAAUAUGAUGAAGUUGAAGAAUAUUUUGUCAAAUAUAAAAAUUAUUCUUAUUUACAUUGUGAGUGGAGAACGAGGGAUGAAUUUCAGGACACAAGAGUCGAUGCCAAAAUCAAAAGAUAUAAAACAAAAAUGGCUCAGAUGCCUGAAUAUAUGAAGGGUGAUAUAGAGGAUGCAUUUAAUCCUGACUUUGUUGAAGUAGAAAGAGUAUUGGACGUUGCUCAGAAUGAGGAUGGUGAUUCAGAUCAUCCGGGUGAAAAACAUUAUUUCAUCAAAUGGUGUUCUUUGCCGUAUGAAGAUAGUACAUGGGAGAGUGGUACUGACAUUCCGGUUGAAAAAGUUGAAGAAUUUGAAAGGAGAUGUAAAUACAGACCACCAGAAAUUACUCCAAAUAUUCCUCACAAAAACACAUUCCGAAAACUAACACCGGCAGAUGGAAAAUUCCGUAAUAAUAACGAACUAAGAGACUACCAAUUGGAAGGAAUUAACUGGUUAUUAUUUAACUGGUACAACAGAAGAAAUUGUAUUCUGGCUGAUGAAAUGGGACUCGGAAAAACUAUACAAAGCAUAACAUUUUUACAGAAAAUUUACGAUCACGGAAUUGAGGGACCAUUUCUUAUUGUUGCUCCUUUGAGUACAAUAUGUAACUGGCAAAGAGAAUUUGCAACCUGGACUGAAAUAAACGCUGUUGUUUAUCAUGGAAGUCAGACAAGUAGAGAUAUGAUUAAGACUUAUGAAUUCUUGUGCAGAAAUGAAAAUCUGGAAGAAAUGCCUGGUCGAUACAAAUUGAAUGUUGUUAUUACCACCUAUGAAAUGAUUGUUCUUGAGAAUUCUCACUUGCAAGAAAUUGAAUGGAGAGGAUCAAUCAUUGAUGAAGCACACAGAUUGAAAAAUCAAGCUUGUAAACUUGCUGACUCACUUCGUUCAAUGCAUUUAGAUUUCAAAGUACUACUUACUGGUACUCCACUUCAAAACAACGUAGAAGAACUUUUUGCUUUGUUAAAUUUCCUACAACCAGAAGUAUUUGAUUCAUCAGAAGCUUUCAUGGCUGAAUUUGGAGAUUUGAAAAACAAUUCACAGGUUGAAAAACUGCAAGAAUUACUGAAGCCGAUGAUGCUGAGGAGAUUGAAGGAAGAUGUUGAAAAAUCACUCGCACCAAAAGAAGAAACAAUUAUUGAAGUUGAAUUAACUAACAUGCAAAAGAAAUAUUACAGAGCAAUUAUGGAAAGAAAUUUUGAAUUUUUAUCGAAAGGAGCAGUUACUGGAAAUAUUCCUAAUCUUAUGAAUACGAUGAUGGAAUUGAGGAAAUGCUGCAAUCAUCCAUAUUUAAUAAAAGGUGCUGAAGACAAAAUAUUAUCAGAGAAAGGACAUGAAUUAUCCAUCUUGCAAACGAUGAUUCAAAGUUCUGGAAAAUUAGUUUUAAUCGAUAAAUUACUUCCGAGACUCAAGUCUGGGGGACACAGGGUUCUUGUGUUUUCGCAAAUGGUGAAAUGUUUGGAUAUUUUGGAAGAUUAUUUGAUACAAAGUCAAUAUCCAUAUGAAAGAAUUGAUGGAGGAAUAAGAGGAAAUGACAGACAAGCUGCAAUUGAUAGAUAUAGUAAACCUGGUUCGGACAAAUUUGUGUUUCUGCUUUGUACGAGAGCUGGUGGUCUUGGAAUUAACUUGACAGCAGCAGAUACUGUUAUUAUAUUUGAUUCAGACUGGAAUCCACAAAACGAUUUGCAGGCCCAAGCUAGAUGUCAUCGUAUUGGUCAGAAAAAAACUGUCAAAAUCUAUAGACUGAUCACAAGAAAUUCAUAUGAAAGAGAAAUGUUCGACAAAGCUAAUCUUAAGCUUGGACUCGACAAAGCUGUUCUACAGUCGAUCAGUGGAAGACAGGAUGAAGUUAACCAGAAUGCAGCACCUGCACUCACGAAACAAGAAGUUGAGAAUCUACUGAAGUUAGGAGCAUAUGGUGCCAUCAUGGAUGAAGAUGAGGAUUCUAAGAAAUUCUGUGAAGAAGAUAUCGACCAGAUUCUUUCAAGGAGAACUCAUACAAUCACUAUUGCUCCUGGAGAGAAAGGGUCAACAUUUUCAAAGGCAAGUUUCAUCUCUGGAGAGGAAGGAUCUGAAAUCUCUCUCAAUGAUCCCGAUUUCUGGGAAAAAUGGGCGAAGAAAGCCGAUUUGGAUAUUGACAGACUGACUAAUAACAAGUUAAUUAUUGAAGAACCUCGUCGACGUAAACAAACCAGAAGAUUUGGUGGAAUGACGGAAGAUGUUGAAGUUCUUGCUGAGAUAGGAUCUGAUUCCGAUUCAGAUUACGACGACAAAAUGCAAUCGAAAAGAUCGAAAAAGUCAAAAAUGAAAACGUGGGGAAAGAAGGAUUAUUUCAGAGUUCAAAAGAGCUUGCUAGCAUUUGGAUGGGGAAGAUGGAAUCACAUGUUGUUGAAAGGUGGUUUUCCAGCUCAGAUGAAAGACAAAGAACUAGAAACAGUUUGUCGAGCUAUAUUAAUGUAUUGUCUUAAAUUCUACACCGGAGAUGAAAAAAUCAGGACUUUCAUGUGGAAUUUGAUAACACCUGCAAAUUGUUCAUCUGCAAAUUUGGUUUCAGCUUUGGAAGGAUUGACCACUCCAGUCGCUAGAGGUCGUAAAGGUCGCACGGCUAAAGAGGAAUCGAAAGAUGCUUCUGGUUAUGAUCAAAUAGCGCAGGAAUGGAUUAAAGAAAUCGAUGUGAAUGCAGUUUUACAAGAAGAAAGUUUCAAGAAGCAUUUACAACAUCAUUGUAAUAAGAUUCUACUCAGAGUGAGAAUGUUAUAUUUCUUGAGGACUGAGAUACUCUGUUCGUUACCUGAAGACAUCAAUGAAAUGACCUCAGAAAACUUGAGGUUGAAAUUCCCUGACCUGAAGCCUGAAGCUAUCGUACCAGAAUGGAAUUUUGAAUGCGAUAAAAACUUGCUGUUUGGUGUUCAUAAACAUGGUUUUGGAAAGUACAGUUUGAUCAGAGCUGAUCCAAAACUCUGUUUUCUUGUAAAAUUUGGAAUGCCAGAUGAAAAAUCAAUGGCUGAUGACAUGGAUGAUGGCGGAGAUGAAGAUGCCGAGGAUCCCGAGUACAAACCAACAAAAUUAAACUUCAGUGAAUUUUCUGAAUUUGAGGAUUCUCCAGCUGGUACUCCUGCUACUGCUCCAGCAUCUCCUGCUUCUUCUAUCGAUUCUACAAAGGAAUCAACGAAGGAUAUUAAAAAUAGUGAAAAAGAAAAAGAUAAAAAACCUUCAGAGAAAGAAGAUGCGGACGAACCAAAUGAGAAAGAGGAGAAAGACGAUGAUGCAGAAAAGUCAGAAAAGGAAGAUAGUAAAGCGAUAAAAGCUGAAUCUGAUAAGGCUGAACCUGAAAAGGAAGAAGACAUGAAAACAAAGGAUGAGGAAAAUGGAAAUGAUGAAAGUGAAGAUGUGAAGGAAGAAAAAGUUGAAGAGGAAGAACAAAUCAAGCAAGAAGUGAAAGAAGAAAAGAAAGUGCAGACAUUUGCUUGGCCAUCUUCAACAGAUCUCAACAUGAGAUUUCGUCGUAUCAUCUCUUGCUACCAAAAACAACACAAACAAAUCAGGAGUCGUCUGAUGAACAUGGAUCAAAAUUCGCCCAAAAAUAAAAUGAGAGAAAUACCAAGAGAAACAACUCAUUGGACAAGACGAGAAGAAGCAGAUUUUUAUCGAACUGUAUCAACGUUUGGUGUCGAAUAUACAAAACAAGGAUUUUCAUGGUCACGAUUUCGACAACUCGCUAAACUUGAUAAAAAGAGCGACCAGAGCUUGGAUCUGUAUUAUCUUGCAUUCAAAACAAUGUGUGAAAGAGCUUGCGGACAUAAAACUCCAAUUCCUAAAGAGGUAGCGAACAUCAGUGUAACGAAAGUAACAGAAGAACGAGCUUCGAGAACCUUGUAUCGAAUUGAACUCUUAAAUCGAAUUCGUUUGGAUGUUCUUAAAAACAAACACUUGGAAGAAAAUUUGAAAAAAUGUGAAAGAAGUAUCGAUCUACCUGUCUGGUGGAAACCAGGUCAUCACGAUAAAGAACUUCUGAUCGGAAUGGACAGACAUGGUGUUACCAGAACGGAAAUUCAUAUUCUGAACGAUACAACAUUAUCGUUUUUAAAGACGAUGUAUGAUUAUGAACAGAAACAAUAUUCUCACAAGAGAAGGAAACGUCAUCAUUCUCCUGAUUCUGCUCCAAUAUCUGAAAAGAAGAAAAAGAGUGAUGAAGAGUCUUCAGAAACUAAAGAUGAAAAAUCGGAUGACACCAGUGAAAAAAGUGAAACCGAUAAAAGAUUGUUAAUGUUUCAAACUGCUGGUUCUCUCAUGAAAGAAGAUGACCCACUUUAUAUGAGUCAUAUAUAUAACAUGCAGAAAUGGCCCAAGGACCGAAUUUUAAUACAACGAAUCGAGCAUAUUUGUUACUGCAUUAUCAAUGGUAAAUGGCCGGUAUCUCGUGCACAAGAAGAAGCGGCGUUCUUGAAAAAUUUGCCAACUAUACCAUCAUCAUCUGCAAUCAUACAACCAACAUCUAAAACUAGCACAAGUGCGAGUGAACCCAAGUUACUUCUGGAUUCGAAAGGACAUUUAUUAGAUGAAGCAUCUUCAAAAAUAUUGAGUAUUAUUGCUGCACAAAAUAGGGAAUUUAAUGAAGACGGCAGCAAUAAAAAUACUUACAAACCAAAGAAACAAGGACAAGGUGAUAUCAUACCAAACCCGAAACUCUCGUCUCUCAAGAAAGGUGAAUCACCAUAUGAUACUAAAUCAUCUUCGCACGCAGAUCCGUCUCUUAGCCUUGGACUUUCAAAUACAAAAUUCAAUGAAAUGUUACAAACGUUACUAAAAGAAGCACCGGUUGAUACUAAGUCAUCAUCACAUACAGAUCCAUCGCUAAAUCUUGGUCUUUCUAACACGAAGUUCAAUGAAAUGUUACAAACGUUACUCCAAUCAGAUUUAUCGAGAUUAAAUUUGCCGCAGAAGACCUUAUUAAGUGAAGCAAUGAGUUUAUCACCGCAAGGAAAAUCAGAACAACCUGCUCCUAAACGUUCGAAAGAAGAAUUUGUUCCCGUCAAACCUGAUAAAGCAGUCGAGUUAUCAAGUAUAUUCGGUUCCCCAAUUUCUAAAAAGAAAGAGGAAAAGGGUAUUAUAAAAAAGAAAAUGCAAAAGUCGAGAUCAGGAUUUAUAUCACCUGCAGUCCUUCCACCUGAUUCAAGAAUUCCUGUUUAUAAUCCUUCAGAAAAGAAGAAAUUGACAGGUGACGAUGCUCCCUUGAAUAAGGAUCUUGCAGAUUGGCUGAAAGAACACCCAGGCUUUGUUGUUGAUUACAAGAGUCUACGACAGAAGUUAAACGAAGAAUCGUCACCGACAAAACAAACCACUACUGGGAGUAGCAGCGAUAACACUUCAUCCUCGAACCCUACUUCGACUGUAGAAAGCAAAUCGAAGUCCUCAAAAUCAGGUAGUUCAGAACAUCGUAAAACUCCUGUUGAAACUCACUCAUCCUCCUCAUCGUCGUCAUCAAACCGUGAACGAGAUGGAGAGAGAACAAGAGAGCGUAAACGAGAUAGAAAUACCGAACAUGAAAAAGAAAGAAAUAGUGAACGUUCUAGUGAACGAGACCGCAGUGAUCGGGAACGUGAUAGGACGAGUGAACGAGAAAGAGAACGUACAAACGAAAUAUCCGCUAGAGCUCAACUUGACCGAUCUUUAGAACAAGCUAUCAGCAGUCAUCAAGCAAGUUUAAUAAAUCAAUCGAUGAUAAAUCCUUCCGCUGGAUUAUUGAAUGCUUUAUAUGGAAACUCACCAGAAAUGGCUGCAUUACUAGCAAGUCAAAUGAUUCCUGGUUUACCACCUUUCAUUCCUGAUCCUGGUGGAAAGGAUUCUAGCAAUAUGUUUCAUCAAUCAUCUUCUUCAUCAACAUCUUCUAGUUCUCAAUCUCAUCAUAAAAAACAUAAGAACCACACUCACUCAAGUAAGUCAAGUUCGAAUACGAGUUCAACGCCACAGUUUAGUCCGGAUAAUUUAGCAGCUUUAUUUGGACUCGGAGGCAUGCCGAAUGCCGCUGAUGCAGCGAGUCUAGCCGCACUUACUUCUGCUAUUCAGAACCACACUCACUCAAGUAAGUCAAGUUCGAAUACGAGUUCAACGCCACAGUUUAGUCCGGAUAAUUUAGCAGCUUUAUUUGGACUCGGAGGCAUGCCGAAUGCCGCUGAUGCAGCGAGUCUAGCCGCACUGUUUGGAGGAUACCCUCCACCUACAAGCAAAGAUGCGCAGAAGCAAUUAAAACAAUUAUUUGAACAACCAAUGGCUCAAUUUGAUCCCAAAACAGCGGCACUGGGAUUUGGCGGAAUGAAUAUGUCUCCAUUUUUCCCAGGAAUGCCUGGCGCAAUGAACCCUCUUUUAUAUGGAAUGUAUGCCAAUCCUGAACUUGCAGCUAUGCCAGAUUUAUUCCACCCUGCACAUAUGUCAGCAUUUCUAGAAAACGAAUACCCCAAGUUAAAGAAUGCUGAAAAUCUGAAUGCGUUACAAGAGUUACUCGGAGUUCAGAAUUCAUUGAUGGCCAAUAUAGGAUUUGAUAUAAAUAAUCCUGAAUUUCAGAAAUUUGUUCGAGCACAAGAAGCAUUGCAACAACAACCCAUGGCUCCUCCGCUAGGAAAAACAUCUUCUGCGAAUCAAAGUGAUUUUGAUGACAGUUUGAGAUCAGUCUAUCAACAAUUACAUUCGUCUUCGUUACAAAAAGAAUAUGAAAACAGGAAGAAAGAACGUCACGAUCCCGAUAGAAAAAAAUCAACAUCAGAAGAUGACACACCAAUUGAUUUGCGAAGGACUGGUCAGUCACACAAGAAGUAGUUGCGCAAUGACAACAGAGUUCUAUUCUCAAACAGUAUUAAUGAAAUCACAACAAACAGCGAAUUUUUUAACCGAACUUGACAACAAAUUUUUUGUUGCUAUGCCGAUUUAAUAGCUCAAAAUACCUUUCUUAAUAGUUUUGUUGUAGAACAUUGUGGAAUAAAUUUCCCACGGCUAUUCAAUAACGGUGCCUCCAAGCUGGAGAGAUGAAAAACGUAUCACUAGGUGUCUCAUUGAUAUAAAGUUCUUACAUGACUUUUUUUAUACUUUUGUGGAAUCCGUCUUGUUUCAUGUGUAUGACUUUUGAUUAUUGUUAUGUGUAAUAAAAUUGUGGUCAACAAUG